UUUCCCCUUUCUCCUAUCUCUCUGUCUCGCUCUCUCCCUUAUCGGCUCUCUCUCUCUCUCUCUCUCUCUCUCUCUCUCCAUGGCAGAACACCACAACGUCAAGGUGCUGGACCUUUGUCGGGUCUCUCCCCCACCCGGAUCUGUCCCCGAAACCACUCUCCCUCUCACCUUCUUCGACGUCCUCUGGUUACUAAUGCCUCCGGUCCAACGCCUCUUCUUCUACCAAUUCCCACAAAACCCUGAUAACACCAUCACCACAACCCACUUCAUAAACACUCUCCUUCCCAAACUCAAACACUCCCUCUCCCUCUCCCUCCGUCUCUUCUUCCCUCUCGCCGGCAAUCUCACCCUCUCUCCCAUCAACGGCGAGCAAGAAAUCCGCUAUGUCGACGGCGACUCAGUCUCACUGACCGUCGCUGAGUCGGACGCAGAUUUCCACCGACUCGCAGCAAACCACCCAAGAGAUGUAUCGGAAUUACAUCCACUCGUUCCUCAGUUGCCCGUUUCCGACCCUCAAAACCAACCUCUGCUAGCUUUGCAAAUCACCUUAUUUCCCGACUCUGGCAUCUGUAUUGGAACCAGCAUAAGCCACGUGGUAGCAGAUGGGAGCAGCUCCAUGCACUUCAUGAAAUCGUGGGCUUCGAUUUGUCAGUCCGGCGACGAAUCAUUACUCAAGUCACGGCCGUUCUACGACAGGUCCGUGGCCACAUAUCUCGACGGUCUCAGAAGACUUCAUUUAGAACAGAUGGCUAAUUUCAAACACGACCAGGCCGUAGAGAGCUUAAAGCCUCGAGCAACCCCAGUCCUAGCCACGUUUGUCUUGUAUCGGGCAGACAUCGAGACGCUAAGGCGACAGGUCUUAGCCCUACGGAGCGACGCCGGCCAGAAACCAUUACACUGCUCAUCGUUCGUGCUAACGUGCGCAUACGUGUGGGUUUGCUUGAUCAGGACAUUUGGGGAUGAUGACAGGGACAAAAACGUCCAUUUCGGCUUUCCGGUGGACUGCCGGGCUCGGCUUGUACCGCCGAUACCCGCUACGUAUUUCGGGAACUGUAUCAGUGGUUGUAUGUGCAAUGCGAAGGGGAGUGAUUUGUUGACGGAAGACGGGUUGGGUCUCGCGUCGGAGGUCAUCGGGAGAGCAAUCCAAGCGUUGAAUGACGGGGUCUUGAAUGGCGUAGAGACUUUCGUACCGACAGCUAUUUCUAUUGUAGCAUCAGGGGAGCGUAUGGGAUCUGUUGCUGGGUCGCCCAAGUUUCGGGUCUAUGAUAUGGAUUUCGGAUGGGGAAAGCCUGUAAAGGUGGAAGUGUUGUCGAUUCAAGAAACGAGUGCUAUAUCUCUUGCGGAGAGUAGAGAUGGAGAGGGAGGGAUCGAGAUUGGGGUUGUCCUGCCCAAAUGCGAAAUGGACCGAUUUGCUUCUCUGUUUGAGAAAGGUAUGAAAAAAUAUCCGUAGUAGCUGAAGGUAAAAUCAAUGUUCCAGAUUGGUAUUAGAUGCUUAGUAUUUAAGAUUAUAGUUUAUUCAAAAUAAGACCAGAGGAUGGACGGUUCUGAUUCUGGUAUUUCCAUGCAUGCCGACGAUCUUGAGUAGCAAAUACGGACGCGGAUUGCGUCCUACCCCCG